UCGAGGGAGAAAAAGCAGAGCUGUUCGGUGUUUUCUGCAGAAGGCGAGAGUCACCGAGAAAGAUCACGAAUCCAUUGUAGUCUAUUACUCGUCGAGGGGACAUGUUCAGGUUAUUAUUAUAACAAACACCAAAAAUGCACUGUUUUGAUUACAAGUGACAUCUAAUCCUUACAAGAGCGAUCACCACCUAUAGGAUAUCGAAAGUGGCUUUUCCAUUGCUCGGUAAGCGGAUGCAACAAUAUGCGGAUGGUUUUUACAGCAACUGGUACAAAAUCUCUGUUCACAGGCGGCAUCUUAAAAAGGAUAGACAGGAGAUGCAAAACGUCGAGUCAUUGGAGAAUGAAAACGUAAAUUGAAAGAUCACGUUCAUCUUUGGCCAUUACCACGUGUUAAAUGGAUACAGAAUGGGUAAAUAAUGACGCUUAUUAUUUUCAGUCAUUCUAUCAUUUAAAUGGGUAUGGCAAUAGCAGUCCUCUAGCACCUUUUCAAAAUAGAAAUGUAGCCAAACGAUUUAACCAUGAAAUCGCAGGCAACAAACUCAUCAAUAUGUGUAAAUGAGGGCAAAUGGAAAUAUGAUGUCCCUAUACUGUAGGCUGGAAAACUGGGUUGCUUAAUAAUACAGCAAAAAAGACUGUGUUAAGUAUUUUAAAUGGAUAGUCACGAUGGUGUCAUUUUGGACAUCCAUUUUACAAGUUCUAUCUUUUUUCUCUUUUUCAUAGAGCGCAACAUGUAGCCUAUUUCAUGUGCGCGCUGUAAAAUUCAGAAGUCCUGCAUAGUGCUCCGGGGAUAUUAUCAACUGAGGACAGAGGCGCAGUUUUCUCAAGAUAAAUAUUGUUAGGGACCGACAGACAUUGCUCUCAGUAUCAGUCUGUCAACUGCAAAGAAGAAACGAAUCUAGGCCUCUUUUGCACAACUUGCACAGGCUGUCCAUAUUUCCCAGUAAUGUUCUUAAAAAUCCCUGGGGCCAAAUUGAAAUUGUAGGCCCCUACAGUUUUUUCCCAACGUGGAUUGCUGGUCAGGUGUUAUCUCAGGUGGAGGGGCCACAAUUCAUGAUCAAACAGCAUCCCAUAUUCUUCACUUCUUUGAGUUUUCACCAUGUAAACCCCAUGUGAACAAUGGUGACAACCUUGAUACAAUGAAUAUGGGCAGAAGGGUGGCGACGUAAACAAAGUUUUGUAUUAGAAAAGAAACAAAGCUACAUUAUAGCCUCCACUUUAUUCUUAGUGAGUUUUCCAUGGGCUCACUUGAGGAAAAUUAACAUGGUCCAGGAGACCCUUUAAAUCUCCUUUUGCCUUAUGCCUACAUUUGGAGAACAUUGGAUCUGUGGGCAAAGCAAACGUGAGCAAAGCUAUUCCAAAGUGCAGGGCCUAACAAUCAAGACACUACCUGUGAUUUAAAGGACGUUCAUGACACCUUAGGGCAAAGGGUUCCGUUUACACACAGGAGAAUAAAAGGGAACCUGAUGAGCAAGCACGAUGUAGGCCUACUUUUGAACAUUACAACAGUACCUUGAGGAAUUUUACACCCUGCAGAACUACAAACAGAUUUCCACAUUUUUUACAACAAGGUCACAGGAAGAAUACAAAACUUAGUCAGCAUUCACUAUGCCUCGCAACCGGGCCUUCUCAGAGCCGGAGUACUCGGCAGAGUAUUCGGCAGACUGCUCUGUGACCCUACCGUCGGACCCGGGCCAGGCCGUGGGGCGCACGCACGAGGUAACGGUUCGCAGCCAAGGGUGCUGCCUCUGCCUCCCACGCUUCAUGCGCCUCACCUUUGCACCCGAGUCACUGGAGAACCUCUAUCAGACCUAUUUCCGGCGGCAGCGACACGAAACCCUGCUGGUUCUGGUUGUGUUUGCUGCCCUGUUUGACAGCUACAUCAUCGUCAUGUGCGCCGUGGUCUACACAGGCGAAAAGCUGGCCUCUGUGGUGGUGGCAUCAGUGGGCCUGGCAUCAGACAUCCUACUCUAUGUGUUGUGCCGUUACGGCCUCCUACCCGACCGCAUCUCGCGACGUGUGGUGCCCUACGCUCUGUGGGUGCUCAUAGCGGCCCAGAUCUUCUGCUACCUGGGCCUGAACUAUGCCCGCUUCCACCAGGCCAGCGACACGGUGGGCUGGCAGGCCUUCUUUAGCUUCUCCUUCUUCCUGACACUGCCCCUGCGGCUCACGCCCAUCGUGCUGAUCACAUCUGUGUCAUGCGGGGUCCACACCCUGGUGCUGGGGGUCACCAUCGCUCAGCAGCAGCAGGAGGACAUCCAGGCGGCUGCCCUCGGGAGACAGCUGCUGGCCAACAUAGUGAUCUAUGUGUGUGCCAUCACUGUGGGCGUCAUGUCCUACUACAUGGCAGACCGGAAACACCGCAAGGCCUUCCUGGAAGCACGGCAGUCCCUGGAGGUCAAACUCAAUCUGGAGGAACAGAGCCAGCAACAGGAGCGUCUCUUGCUGUCCAUCCUGCCCAAGCACAUAGCAGAUGAGAUGUUACAGGACAUGAAGAAGAAAGAAGCAAGUCAGACUGGACAGAAGGAGAUGCAGCAGUUCAACACCAUGUACAUGUAUCGCCACGAAAAUGUCAGUAUUUUGUUUGCAGACAUUGUGGGAUUCACUCAGCUGUCAUCAUCAUGCAGUGCCCAUGAGCUGGUCAAGCUCCUCAAUGAACUGUUUGCCCGCUUUGACAAGCUGGCUGCCAAAUACCACCAGUUGAGAAUAAAGAUCCUGGGCGACUGUUACUACUGUAUCUGUGGCCUGCCAGACUACAGAGAGGACCACGCUGCCUGCUCCAUCAUGAUGGGCCUGGCCAUGGUGGAGGCCAUUUCGUAUGUUCGUGAGAAGACCGGGACAGAUGUGGACAUGCGUGUGGGGGUGCACACUGGCACUGUCCUGGGGGGCGUCCUGGGACAGAAGCGGUGGCAGUAUGACGUCUGGUCCACUGACGUCACCGUGGCCAAUAAGAUGGAGGCGGGAGGAAUACCAGGGCGUGUGCACAUCUCCCAGGCCACCAUGGAGUGUCUGCACGGGGAGUUUGAUAUGGAACCGGGGAACGGGGGCGACCGCUGUGAGUACCUGAAGGAGAGGGGCAUCGACUCCUACCUGGUGGUGGUGCCCAAGGGCCCCCUGGGAAAGAACGGCAUCAACGGGGUGAAGUUGUCUGUGAUGUCGUCCAAUGGGAACUCUCCAUUGUUGAUCAACACCACUGAGUGUAAUGGGAGUGUCCACACAGCCUGCACCACACCAGACGAGCCAGAGGAGCUGGACACACGGGUGGUGAACCCUUCGUUCCCCAACCCUCGGCGGAGGCUAAGACUGCGGGACCUGGCUGAGAGGGUGAUUGAUGCCCAAGAGAACGAACAGGAGCUCAACAAACUGCUCAAUGAGGCACUGCUGGAGAGAGAAACCGUACAAGCUCUGAAGGGGAAACGCACCAACUGUCUGUCCCUGCGCUUUGUGGACCCUGAGCUGGAGACCCGCUACUCUGUAGAAAAGGAGAAGCAGAGCGGGGCUGCCUUCAGCUGCUCCUGUGUAGUGCUCCUGUUCACUGCAGCCAUGGAGGUCCUGAUAGACCCACGGAUGAUAGCAAAUUACGUGACCCUAGCUGUGGGAGAGGUCCUGCUGCUCGUCCUCACCGUCUGCUCUCUGGCGGCCAUCUUCCCUCGAGUUUUCCCUAAGAGGCUGGUGUCUUUCUCCACAUGGAUCGACCACACCCGCUGGGCACGGAACACAUGGGCCAUGGCAGCAAUCUUCAUCCUCACCAUGGCUGACAUUGUGGACAUGCUAAGCUGUCCCCGUCCCUCGGGAAAUGCCACAAUGGCCCCUCCCUCCUCUGUUGUCCAAUCCGGGGCCGAGGGCUGUCUGGAAAACCCCAAGUACUACAGCUACAUCGCCGUGCUGGCACUCAUGGCGACCACCAUGCUGGUGCAGGUCAGCCACAUGGUCAAGGUCACACUCAUGCUCCUCAUCACCAUAGCAACGGGCAUCGUCAACAUCUACAGCUGGAGGGACAUAUUUGACCGCUACGAUAUGGCCCGCUUCCAGGACUACAGGUCUUACCUGGUUCCCUCUAAAUAUGCCAUGACCGUGAUGAUCUUCAUCAUGAUGAUCAGCUUCUACUACUUUUCUCGACAUGUGGAGAAGCUAGCCCGAACUCUGUUCUUGUGGAAGAUUGAGGUCCAUGAGCAGAAGGAGAAGGUGUAUGAGAUGAGGCGCUGGAAUGAGGCGCUGGUCACUAACAUGCUGCCAGAGCACGUAGCACGGCACUUCCUGGGCUCCAAGAAAAGGGACGAGGAGCUGUACAGCCAGUCAUAUGAUGAGAUUGGGGUGAUGUUCGCCUCCAUCCCCAACUUCUCUGACUUCUACACAGAGGAGAGCAUCAACAAUGGGGGGAUUGAGUGCCUCAGGUUCCUCAACGAAAUCAUCUCCGAUUUUGACAGUCUCCUGGACGAGUCUCAGUUCCGCUGCAUCACCAAGAUCAAAACCAUUGGCAGCACCUACAUGGCAGCGUCAGGGGUCACUCCCGACGUCAGCAACGGCUACGCCUGUCUGAAGAAAGAGGAGCUGAAUGACAGAGAGCGCUGGCAGCAUUUGGCAGAUCUGGCUGACUUUGCUCUGGCCAUGAAGGUCACGCUCAUGAACAUCAACUACCAGUCCUUCAACAACUUUAUGCUACGCAUAGGUUUGAAUAAAGGGGGGGUGCUGGCUGGAGUUAUUGGAGCCCGGAAGCCUCACUAUGACAUCUGGGGCAACACUGUGAAUGUGGCCAGUCGCAUGGAGUCCACAGGGGUCAUGGGUAACGUCCAGGUGGUGGAAGAUUGCUACCACAUCUUGAAGGAGUACGGAUUCCGUUUUGUGAGGAGGGGACCCAUCUUUGUGAAGGGGAAAGGAGAGCUGCUCACCUACUUUCUGAAGGGUCGAGAAAAACAGGGCUCCUUCAUCAACGGCUCCUCGGUCACCCUGCCACACCAAGUGGUGGACAACUCCUGACCUGCGUGUCAACGCUCACAGAAACACACACGCACACACAUAAUCAGAAAUAUACAUUCUAAUGUAUAAGUGAGAUCUGAAUUAACGCUUAUACUAACACUCCAUCUUUCAGAAUUGCAAAGUAUGUAAGAGGAUAUGUACAUCUUGCAAAGAGAGAAGAUUUGCGCAAUCCC